UCGAAACAUUUUGAUGACCCCGACAAGACCCAAUUUUAUUAUGGAGGUGCGAGAAUUUCCACCUCGAUAAACCAUGGAAACUGUCUUCCCUUAAUCGAAUACAGCUAUAUACAUUCUUUAAUUUAGGAAAUAAUUUACAUUAUGAUAAAUAUUUACACAUAACUGGGAUGUAAUAAGCCUGGUUAGUGCAAAACAUCGCUACCAGAGGCCGCUGAACUCCGAAUGCAGAUAAAUCAAAUAUGGCAGCCGAGGACGGGGUAUACCCCGCUCGCUGGGAAAAUCAGUGCGAUUUUAAAGUAAUGACUCCAGAAGACUUUGAUGAACUACGCAUGUUAAUGGAGAAGUUACAGUCGCGUAGUUCCCAGAAUCGAAACUGGACAGAAAUUAUCAAGGCAGUCAUAGUUGCAAUAACUAAUGACAAGCGUUGCCAGUCAGAUGCAUUGGAGAGGUCCAGCAUACUGUCAUGUGUGGACAAGCUACAAAAGGCAAUUAAAGUUGAAAAUCAGCAAACCCUGCUGGAAAAACUGGAAUCCAUUGCCCGACAGCAAAGCUUGAUGUUUAAUCCACCAGCACUUCCAGAUAAACCAGCCUCCAUCAGCUGUGAAAUGUUUACUGUUGAAAUCUCCAUGGAUACAAAGGGAGUUGUAAAAGAUGUCAGAGUUUGUCAUCAGGGUGAAGCAAUGAGUAAUGAAGAGCUGACAGAAGUCCUCAGUAGAGAGCAGUAUGAUGAAUUUUCUGGACAUUUGCAAGGGUUUUUGUCUAUCUACAAGAUACCUGGAGACAAGAAGCAGAAGUCCAAAGCAUACUUGGCUUUACAGUCUCUAGAAACAGAUCUCAAUGACCUUGCUCAGUUACAAAGCUCUAUCAAAGGUGUUUCUAACUGUAUCCACAAGUCUCCACUGGGUAUACUGCUGCCAAGGAAAGGUGGUUAUCCUAUGAAGCUAAUUUACUUUGUUUCACCCUAUGACCUAUUGGACAAGAGAAGUAACUCACCACAUCCAUUGACAGUUGAAGCUAUAACAGAAUAUGAGUGUGGACAGAGUGUAACAGUAUGCAUACAGCAGUGUUCAGUGUCAAGCAGACUACAGACAAUGCCAUUGAUGAGUGUGGUUACACAAGAUGGUAAAAGUUUACCAUCGUUCCAAGCAUUAUCCAAUGUCAACAGUUGUAUGUUAUCUGCUUGUUUUGUAUUGGUGUUACCACAGCCCAUCCCUGUGGCCUUGUCUGUUGUCAGGUUGAUUAAAAAUGUUACAAAUUUAGAUGUGAUAACAGUUGGUGAAGAGAACAGUUUGAUUACUUUGUUAUUAAAAGAUGUUUUUAAAUGUAAAGCUGAGGAUGAAUUCUUUGUUACUUUGCCAGAUCAACAGCAUGUAUUUUAUAUGAAUGAUAUCAAUGGUUGUUCACUGGAACAGCCUGCAGUGAUGGUCAGUAAGAUUCCCUUUACUCAUCCAACCAAUGUUGCUCAAGUCCUCAACUGUUUACGACAACAACUCAUCUUUAAUACAGUUAUUGGUAGUAGUAUUAGACCAAAUGCUAGUCAAGAAUGUUCUGUGGUAUUUGAGUUGAAUGCCUUAUCCUUACAACAAAUGACCCUCUCAUUUGAACAUCCUCUACACAAUACAAUGGUCACAGCUGAAAUAGAUUUGAGUGAUAUUACAUAUCCCAAGUUCAAGGUUAUUUAUAGUGAAGAAGAACAGUCACUUUGUUCAGAAGAUUUAGCUGGUAAAAUAUUUCAAAGGUGUCUUUCUGUGCCUGUUACAUUGCGGUCAGUAAUUAACAAAGUCUCAGAUGAAAUUCGUAAAGAACCACCCCCAGAACCUGUGUCAGUGACUAUUCCGGCAGAUCGGCCUCCUCCGUGGCCACCAGAAUACUAUUCUAGUCAUUUUAGUCCUGGAAGAAUUCCUAUGGAUUUAAAAAAUAUUUCUCCGAAUAAUAUGGCAUUUAGGAAUUAUGGAUUGCAACAUUCCCCACAAAUUUCAUAUAAUUUGGGAAAUUUAAUGAGUGGAAUUGGUUCUUCUAUACAACCUUCUCUGCCUCAAGAGGGAAUUUUAAUUGAACCACCUGCUCCAGAAAAACCUCAUAAUCCAUUGUUAGCUGACUUGUUAGAUCGUAAUUCACCAAGUCCUACUCCUGAUCCCAUUCAAAAUCUGCCACAAAGUGAAGCACCAAUUAUGUCUAAACUGUUAGAGGACAGCAAUGCUUCAGCUAUGGCCUCAAGUAUUCCUCAGCCACCAACUAAAGCAAAACAAGUGCGUCGAAAGAGAAUCUCUAAAGGAGAGGCGCAAGUUGUAGGACGUAGUCCUAAACAACUUCGUAUGUCAGAUCAAGAAAGCAAUGGAUCAAUCCCACAUUUAGAUUUUGAUUCUAGCGGAGGAUCGUUUGACUUUGGUGAUGUCCAAAAUCCAGGACCUCCUCAUUCUAUACAUAGUCAUGGACAUCCAACACUGACCAGACAGUUGAGUAUCAUUGAUUUAACCGAUUCACAGGCUGAUACUCCUGCAGGAUUUUCAGGAGAAUCUGAAAUGCAGAAGCUUGAAAGUAUGGUAGGAAAUAAGUUGCCAAGGCAGCCACAUAGACAAGAUAGUGAAUUGUCUCAGUUAUUGUCAGAUUAUGGAGAUACAAGCCCAGCAAAGGAGACACAGUCUCCACACCAUUAUUAUCAUAACUCGGUGCCAAAAAACGAUAAAGUGUCUACCUCUCGAGAGGAUAAAAUCCUCAGCGGGUCGAGGGAGGUGUUAAAGACCACAGACCCGACGUCACCCAACUACGCACAUCAGAGCUUAAUGGACCUACUUAGCAUCAAACAAGAAGAGCCGGAAUCUUCUUAUAAUUUUCAGAGGCAGAAUUCUAAUAUUUCAAUGAUUUCAUUGACCUCAAAUGAGCCGAGUAAUAGAAAGUUAAGUCAUGGAAGUCAUGUGCGAUCUAAUUCUAUGUCGGAUUUAAGUGAUAGUGACACGUUUCCGUACAAAGAAAAGUCAUGUGAUAGCACAGCAUUUAAUGCAAAAACUUCAAAUAAAAACCCAGCAUUGGCAGCUAAUUCAGACUCCAGCAUUUCAUUAAAGAUAAAACAAGAAGUUAAGGAGGAGAAUGUGCAUGACUUAAGAACGUUACUUACAAUAGGGAAAGAAAAAGCAGAGAAUAAUGUGAUAGAUAAAGAUAAAUUCAAAAAGGAGGAAGGAACAAAAAAUAUAAGACUUAAAGUUUCAACUGUACAAGGGUUGAGGCAAAGUUCAUUACCGAAUGAGUUAUUAAACACUGGAAUUAAUAAAAAGUCCAAAGCUCCGUUUGAUUUUCAUAGUGAUGACGAUGACGAUGAUCCAUUUGAUUUUAGAGACAAAAUGAAAGUUGUAUCCUCAUCGCCUACACGCCUGCAUAUUCACAAACAAAAACUUUACAAUCACAAACUGAGUAAAGAAAAGGACAAGAAAAAAGAUUCUAAGAAUAAUAUUGUGUCGGGUGAGAAACGAAAAAAAGAUAAAAAUGAAUCGAAGAAAGAAAGGAAGAAAAAACAGAAAAUGAUGGAAAAUUAUAAAAGUACCUCUCUUGAUGAAUCUGCUAUUUAUAAAUCUGUUACAGUUGUAUCAGAAGACAGUAAUAGUAGUAGUAAUCUAAAGCCAAUUCCUAAACUAAAGAUCAAUAAAAGUAGUCUUGGCAUAUCUGUUGGCAAAAGUCCAAGCAGAGAAGUAUUGACUAGUAAAAAUGAAACUGUGAAAAAAUCAAAAGAAAAGUAUGAUAAACACUUGUCAUCAAGUAAGAAAUCAUCAUCACAGAAAGCCUAUAAAGUACACCAACAAUCAUCACCAUCAAAUAGUAUCACAGUUAGCAAAGCAGAUUCCAAACUUAUUACAAAAACUCCAACCAUCAAACUCAAACCAAUUGCAAUGCCUACUAGUUCAUCAGUCAGUGUAGGCUCAGCAAAAAACCCACCAGCAUACUCCACAGCAAGCUCAACGAAAGGAUCUACUACUCCUACUACAACAACGAUUGGCCGUAUGGGAGCAGUGUCCUUAACAAAAAGUGGAUCUCUUACUCCACCAGCAAGUGUAAAAGCAAGUACACCAACAUCGCUAUCAAAAUCAUUCCCAAAUAUGAAAUCUUCAAGUAAAAGUACUUCUUCACUGCCUUCUGCUGCUAAAAUACCUUCACAAAGAUCAAACAGUUCAUCCUCAAACAGAGGCUCAUCAGAUAAUAAAGAAAGUAAGAAAGAAAGAAAUGGAUCUUCAAAUAGUAGUAAAAAUUCUAGUGUUAGAAAAAGCAGUUCUCCAAUGGCAGGUUCAAGAAAUCCAAUGAACUUGUCUAAAUCUUCACACUCAUCAAAUAAAAACCUAUCAUCAUCUACCUCAUCUCCCUUCUCAAACAAAAAUCAAUCGCCAGAUGUUUUGUCUUUUCUCAACCGAGACUCUAGUGUCAUUGCAAAUCUCCCGAAAAUUCCAAAAAUGGCAAAAACAAAUACAGCAGUGUCUUCUGGAACAAAUAAAUCUCAAACUACAGAAUCUAUUUCUAAAGCAGUGACAUCUUCUGUUUCUGUAAAUAGUAAAGUGAACUCAACAUCAACUGUUUGUGCUAAAACAAAUUUGACUAAUUCAAGUAUAAAUAGUUCUAAGAGUGCUGUGUCAACCAGUGUAUCAAACUCGAGGACAAAUAGUGUACAAAAUACAAAACCAAGCAUUUCAACAUCAUCAAGUCCAGCUCAUACGAAGACUGUUACUACACCAACAUCAGUGAAACAAACCCCAUUUAUAUCAAAGUCAAACAAUGUGAUUCCAAGUUGUAGCGGAGGAUUUAGUCGUUCAGUGACAACUGUGACUUGUACAACGAGUUCUUCAUCGAAACUUGUCACUUCAACAUCUAGUACAACAUCAAGUAAAAUGGCUACCUCUGUAUCACCUACUGUUACUAGCUCUGUGAGCAGGAGUAGUUCUUCAUCUAAUCCUUCAACAUCUGUUUCUAAAUCUGUGAGUAGUAGUAGUAGCAGCAGUGGCAGUGAUUCCGUUAAAAAAACUACACAAAAUUCUACUACACCUUCUUCUGGAACAAUAGCAACUGGAUCUGCUCAAAACACAAAUCAGUUGUCUUCUAACCCUAUAAGUCACAAAUCAAGACCAAGAAAAGGGUCAUUAACAGCUGUUAUUGAUAAACUUACCAAACAGACUUCAUAUGAAUGUGGUUCUGAGGAUGUAAAUAAACAGUCGGUGGAAAGUGUUAACCAGGAAUCAUCGUUAUCUAGUCUAAAUGAAAGUGAUAAAAAUGUGGUCAAUUGUAGAACAGAAAAGACUGAUGCUACUACUCAUAAUUCUAAAAGUGCACAGGAUAAAAUUUCAAAGGAUUCAAAUGUUCAAGGCAAAAUUCGAAAGGAUGAUAAAGAGGCUAAGAAUAACAAUUCUAGCCCAAAGACAAAAAGUUGUGAAAAUGUGAAAAAACGUAGUGAUUCACCUUCUAAAACAAAUUCUGGAAAAGAAAAUAUUAAGAAUGAUGAUUCAAGAAAUUUGUUUACAUCAAUACUUAAAAGUGCUUCAGAAAAUUCAUAUUCCCCAAAAGACAAGGGGUCAAAAUCGAAUGAUGGAAAAGGAGUUGUAGAUUUAUCAAAAAGUGAAGAAUGUAGUAGUUCAUCUGAAGUAAGAAAUAGUAACACUAACUGUGAAAUGGAAUCCAGUCAAUGUGAGAAAUUUUCUAACACAAAUAAACAUUCAAGGACGCCAUCACCAAAACAAAAUCCAAAGAAAUUCAAUGGAGAAACGGUAACAAGAGAAGGAGGAAGUGACCAUAAAUCAAAAGAUUCUGAUGUAUUUAAAGUGCCUUCACCAAAGGCUCACAAUUCAGAUGACAUAGAAGAUACAGAAAAUUAUGUGAUUAGAAAAAAACAAAGAAUAAGUACAUCAAAACCUGUUUUAUCUCCUUCUAGUCCUGUGAGCAGCCCUGAAUUAGUUAUCGACUGUCAAACAUUGUCACCAAGAACUUUACAGAACAAGACAAAUUCACCAAACAUUGAAGUGUCUUCUGAUAAAGUUGGCAAUAAUACAAUACUGAAGACAAAAAAUGCUUCACCCAUUCAUAAAGUAAAACAAUCACAAUUACAAUCACCUGUACUCAUAAAAAUGGAACAUCACACUGCUUCACCCUCCGAAAUAGACGAUGAUUUAAUGAAUGAAGCACUUAUUGGUUUUGGUAGCUAAUUUAAGUCAGAAAAAAUAAUUUCAAGACUGAAAUGUAUGCAGAAAUUACAAAUUUAUAAAUGAAAGAUGAAAAAGAGCCUAGGCAUGUUUGCUGAUAUCUUUAUACUUUGUCAUUAGAAAUUCUGCAUUUUUUUCUCUAUACUAUCAAAUCUGAUUCAAAGAACUUAAAGAAUAACUUAGCUGCUGUUUGAUAAUUUAUCUAUCUCAUAAGUUUCUGUAUUAAAGUAAGGAACACAAAGAUAAUAAGUGAAUGGAAUUACCAUGUGUAUGAAUAUUUAAUCACAUCAUUAAGGCAUUUAUUUUUCUCACUCUUUAUUUAAAAAAAAAAAAAAGAAAAAAGAAAGAAAAAAAAGAGGUAUAAUAGGAAGUUGAUGUCAACUUUUUUUGAUAACAAAAUGCUUUAUUCCUGUCAUUUUAGAUUAAAUAUAAUGUUCCUUUUUUCCCUGUUUUAAUUGUCAUAUCUUCAAAUCAAAAUUGAUUUUUCAUUUCAAUCUUGACUGAAAUUUUACAUUUUUUUCUGACAGUUAAAACAUGAUAAACCAUUCAUGUAAUAGAUUUAGGGAUGUACUUAAAAUAAAAAAAAUAUGAUAUAUAUUUGGUUCUCUUAAGUCAGAAAAGCAUUAAUAUUGAAGGAUCAAAAUAAUCUAAAAAUAUUGAUUGGUUAUGGCUCUCCUUUUUAUACGACCGCAAAUUUUGAAAAAAAUUUCGUCGUAUAUUGCUAUCACGUUGGCGUCGUCGUCGUCGUCGUCGUCGUCGUCGUCGUCGUCCGAAUACUUUUAGUUUUCGCACUCUAACUUUAGUAAAAGUGAAUAGAAAUCUAUGAAAUUUUAACACAAGGUUUAUGACCAUAAAAGGAAGGCUGGUAUUGAUUUUGGGAGUUUUGGUCCCAACAUUUUAGGAAUUAGGGGCCAAAAAGGGCCCAAAUAAGCAUUCUCUUGGUUUUCACACUAUAACUUUAGUUUAAGUGAAUAGAAAUCUAUGAAAUUUUGACACAAGGUUUAUAACCACAAAAUAAAGGUUGGGAUUGAUUUUGGGAGUUUUAUUUUCAACAGUUUAGGAAUUAGGGGCCAAAAAAGGGCCCAAAUAAGCAUUAUUCUUGGUUUUCGCACAAUAACUUUAGUUAAAGUAAAUAGAAAUCAAUGAAAUUUAAACACAAUGUUUAUGACCACAAAAGGAAGGUUGGUAUUGAUUUUGGGAGUUUCGGUCCCAACAGUUUAGGAAUUAGGGGUCAAAAAGGGACCCAAAAAAGCAUUUUUCUUGGUUUUCGCACCAUAGCGUUAGUAUAAGUAAAUAGAAAUCUAUGAAAUUUAAACAGAAGGUUUAUGACUAUAAAAGGAAGGUUGGUAUUGAUUUUGGAAGUUUUGGUCCCAACAGUUAAGGAAAAAGGGGCCCAAAGGGUCCAAAAUUAAACUUUGUUUGAUUUCAUCAAAAUUGAAUAAUUGGGGUUCUUUAAUAUGCCGAAUAUAACUGUGUAUGUAGAUUCUUAAUUUUUGGUCCCGUUUUCAAAUUGGUCUACAUUAAGGUCCAAAGGGUCCAAAAUUAAACUUAGUUUGAUUUUAACAAAAAUUGAAACCUUGGGGUUCUUUGAUAUGCUGAAUCUAAAAAUGUACUUAGAUUUUUGAUUAUUGGCCCAGUUUUCAAGUUGGCCCAAAUCGGGGUCCAAAAUUAAACAUUGUUUGAUUUCAUCAAAAAUUGAAUAAUUGGGGUUCUUUGAUAUGCCAAAUCUAACUGUGUAUGUAGAUUCUUAAUUUUUGGUCCAGUUUUAAAAUUGGUCUAAAUUAAAGUGCAAAGGGUCCAAAAUUAAACUAAGUUUGAUUUUAACAAAAAUUAAAUUCUUGGGCCUCUUUGAUAUGCUGAAUCUAAACAUGUACUUAGAUUUUUGAUUAUGGGCCCAGUUUUCAAGUUGGUCCAAAUCAGGAUCUAAAAUUAUUAUAUUAAGUAUUGUGCAAGAGCAAGUCUUUUCAAUUGCACAGUAUUGUGCAAUGGCAAGAAAUAUCUAAUUUCACAAUAUUGUGAAAAAGCAAUUUUUUUUUAAUUAAGAGAUAUCUUUCUUUGUCCAGUAUAGUAAGCAAGAAAUAUCUGCAAGAAUUUUUUUAAUUGGAGUUAUCUUUCUUUGUCCAGAAUCAACUUAAAUCUUUGUUAUAUACAAUAUACAAUGUAUAUUCACUUUUUACUACCAACUGAUAAAUUUAAAUAAUCUUUACCAUUCAGUGAUAACAAGCAGUUUUUUUACAUCAUGUAUUUAAAUGAGUAGUAAUUGUUGCAAACUCCAUUAGAAUAUUUUAAUUGAAAUUAGUUUUGGAAUAAGGGAAAGGGGGAUGUGAAUAAAAAAUUGGGUUAAAUUUUUCUCAUUUGAAAUUUCAUAAAUAAAAAGAAAAUUUCUUCAAACAUUUUUUUGAGAGGAUUAAUAUUCAACAGCAUAGUGAAUUGCUCUAAGAGAAAACAAAAAAAUUAAGUUCAUUUGAAUACAUUCAUUCUGUGUCAGAAACCUAUGCUGUGUCAACUAUUUAAUCACAAUCCAAAUUUAGAGCGGAAUCCAGCUUGAAUGUUGUGUCCAUACUUGCCCCAACCGUUCAGGGUUCAACCUCUGCGGUCGUAUAAAGCUACGCCCUGCGGAGCAUCUGGUUGAGAUAUUUGUUUUCUAUUGAAUGGUGGGGGAAAAGGCGGGUUAGACUUUUACCUUAUAUUUCCAUUUGGAUUUUUUGGGUCUCAAAACAAAUCUACCAUCUGCGUAAAUUUGGGCAAAUUACCUUUUAUGAGCUUUUGAAGUGUGGCAUGAAAAGAAAAAUGGGUGUUAUGGGGCAAAAAGAUUUCACCCUGGGCAAACCAAAGGGAGUUAAAACAUCUGACAUACAUGUAAGUUCCUAAACAGAGAUGGAUUCUUUUUUUGUUGAAUAUACUUAAGGAAUCACUGAAGCAUGAAUGGAGUUGACGGGGGCCCCUUCUUAGGCAGGUUCACUUAAUACCAGAAAACAUAAAGAAGAAAAAAGUCUUCAAAAACUAUCAGUUGGACAUUAGGACCAUUACACUCAAUUAAAUAGAUAUUGAAUGAAACCUUUGCUAGUAUAUUGGUUGACACAUGAAUGGUUUGUACUGUUUAAAAGAAGAAAAAAAAAACUUGGCACAGAGAUACUUUGAAAUCUGCUGUUUUAUUUAUUUGAAUAUAUAUGCUUGUUUUUCUAAUUUCAUUAUGUUUGGAUUGUUCCAACAAUAAUUAUACUCCCUAUCUAAUAAUAUUUUAUGAAGUAACAGUAUAAAAUGUUAUUGUACUUUGAACAAUGUGAAUGUCUUGAAGUUAUUUUUUAUGGCAAUAUAUGAAUUAAGGAAUUACUUUUUUUUUAUGAAUUUGUGAACAUUAAUUAUUUGCAUUUUAUAAAUUGUUUAUUAAUUCAGAAAAGUGUGUGAUGUAUAUUGUGUUAUGUAUAUGUGAACAAAUUCAGUAAGGAAUAUCACAAUUUUUGCUUAUUUGUUUUCAUUGUAUUUAUAGCUUCAUUAUGAAUACUGAACAAAACACAGCGACAAUUUAACUGCUCUCAGGAAUUUUGUUUUGCUCAAUUUUGUUGAUGCAAAAUUCAUGAUCAUUGUGGCUUGCUUUUGACGUAGAAAUUUGUUUGAUUUAGAAACUGAUGUAAAUAAUAGAAAGAUAUAUUGAUAUUAAAGAAUUCAUUUUGCAAGAAAUUUUAUUUUAAAUACUUAAAAAAUAGAGAUUACACUGUGGAAACCAGUCUUUUUUUUCAAAGGGUGAAAGUUACAUUUCAUAAAAAAAAAAAAAAGUAAUCUACUUUUCAAGUUCUUUUAUUUCAUAGUUAAGCAUUUUAUAACCAAUUUCUAAAAUGCACAGGGAAUGUCACAAUGACCAUAUGUUUUCAAAUAAAAUUUAUGUAAAGUCAAGUCUAGGAUUAACAGAUAAAAAAUAUAUACUGAACAAAAAAGUUUAGAUUUUCUAUUGACAUGAUUGACAUUUCAUUUAAGUUUCAAACUUUAAAAAAAUUCUACAAAACCAGCUCUUCAGAAAUAACAAGUUGAGAUAUAUUUCAUUAUUAUUUAAAGAAUGACUGUAAUAACUUUUUUGUCUAUGAAGAAAUAACAUCAAAAAUGUGGUGCACACUGAAUAACCCCGUAGCGGGUUAUUUUUAAGUGUGCACCAAAUUUUUUAUAUUAUUUUGAAUAGAAAAAAAAAAAUAUUACAGUUAUUUCUUAUAACUUAAUUCUAAAUUCCAUUUUAAACCAGAGUAAACCAUGAAAAAACGUUGCUAACGUCACAGUCACAUGACAAAAUUAUGUCUAUGGGCUGAUAAACAAAAUGACGUCAGCCAAUCAGAAUACGUGUUACAUCCAAAAUUAAAUUAUUAUGAACUAUAAUGAAUCUUGAAUUUAACAACAAAACACACAUUUAAGGUAGAAUUUGAAAUCAAGUACCCUAAAAAAACUUUUUCCCCUUAAUCAUUGAUAUUUGGUACCCUAGAAAAUAAAUGAAUCGGCAGUAAACAUUGUAAAGUAAGUUUGUAAAAAAAAAUCUGUUCAAUCUAGACAAUGAAUGUUAACUUUUCCAUCAUACUGUCAUCAAAUGAAUUCAGUGUGUGUUUCCCUUUAAAAAAUGAAAUUAUUUUUUUAUGCGCAAUUGGAAGUUGUUAAAAAUGUCCUAAACAUUUUAUAUUGUUGGGUAAUGUAUUCUAUUUAUUCAUCAAAUGAAAUGAAAGAUACCUUUAAAUUUUUAUUUUUAUUACAAUAUUUCAUGUGAAAAUGAAUCGAUUCAAAGAAACCUUCUUCAAAAGUUUGAAAAACAUUUGAAUUAAAAGUUGAAGAUACUUAUUGUCUCAUCACAAUGCCAAGGAAAGGCAAGACAACCAUUUGCUAUUUCAGCAACUGGUAACUUAGUUUUAUAAAUGCUUUAUAUAUAUAUAUAAUUUAUAAGGAAGAUAAUGCAUAUUUGUUUAUAGAUUUUCUUGUGUAUAUUUUGUCGGGCAUACUGUUAUGUCUGUUGUUCUUGACAUAUUUUUUUUGUUUCUAUGGCUUGAAAGUUUAUGUUAAAUUAUUAUCAAUAGAUUAUUUUGGAAGAAAACAAAUGCCAAUAUCUAAAGUGUUUUUUUUUUAUAAUUACCAAUAAUAGCACAACUGCUUUGAUACAGAUUUGUUAAAUAUACUUGCCAUAAAGGGAUGUUACCUGACGUCAACCUCAGGUGUUGAUGGUUAGAGGCUUUUUAAUAAUAACUUGACAAUCUUAUUUUAUGUAAUCACACUAUUUCACUGAAAUGUAUAAAUCCCAUGAACAUGUAUUAAAUGACACUUCUAAAGUCUCAGUGCUAUAAUGAAGGGAAUGUUAAUUUUAUUAAAAGUAAAAAUUCUACUAAAUGGAGAAAUUUUUAUAAGAAAACUGUUGUAAAUGUCAUCUAAGACACCAGGCUUGAUAAAUAAAUACAUGAAAUUAUAUUUUAUAUCUAGGUUUUAUUCUACAGUCAUAUGAAUAAAAAGCAAUAACAUUUGUAUUGUAUUUUGUAAAUAAGAUUGACAAAGUUAUUGCAUUAAAUUUUAUAGUCUUAGGAAUUGCCCAUAAGAUUUUUAGCUUUCAUGCCCAUUGGGUUACUAGAAGUUAUAAGUGAGUCUGACUCUCUCAUUGACUUUUAAAAAGACUAGGGGUAUUGUAGUCUUGAUAAAUCAUUAACAUGAUUAAGCUAAACUGUAAUCUACCUGCAAAGUGGUACACUCUUAAAUUACUUAUAAAAGAAUGAUUUAUAAAAGAAUGAUUUAUAAAAAUGAACUCUGUGUCCUUAUUGUUGUGCUCUUUCCUAAAAAUUGGGAAGGUAAAGAUUUAAUUUUUCUUAAUUUUCACAAAAUUGUUAGGAAUUUUAGACAUGUAUGGAUAAAUAAAUAAAAAAGUAAAAUGUAUGAAAUUGAAGACUGUGGAUAGAGGAUGAUUCUUAAGAUCAGAUAUACAUAUAUCCUUUCACAUUUGUGUUUAAUGUAUUUUUUCCCCUGAUUUCUACACUACCAGUAAGACUGAAUCUAGUUAGACUGUUCAAAGAUGUAUUGUUAGUGUUUAUCUGUUAAAGGCUUGGUUAUUAAUUGUAUAGCACUUUAUAGAUAUUAUAGGGGUUUAUAUAUGUUAGGUGAAGACUAUUUUUAAGGUGCUCAAAAUAAUUUAAACAAAAUCUAAAUAAGAAGAGUAAUUUCAAGAAACCAAAGAAAACUAUUUUAUUAAAUUGAGUGUGGGAUAACUGGAAAGAUUUUGAUUUUGAUGAUUAAAUUUGACAAUGUUAAUUGUAUUACAUCUGAUAUUUUUAUGAUUUAAACUAUAAUGUAUUUUAGCAAACACAUUUGUGAAAAAUGAUAGGGUAUAUUAAAUGUGAUAUUUUUUUAAAUGAGGGUACAUAUAUCCAUUUGCUUUUGUACUUUAAGAAUGGUUAAGGUUUAAGAAGGUUUGUUUUAAAUGUCUCAUAUAUUUGUAAGUCAUAAUUUGCAUAGUUGCCUGCCAUCCCUUGCAGUUGAUCACAGUGUAGCUUGAAAAAAAAAGAGAAAUGAAACCUGGCCAACAUCUUGCAUGUAAAUAACUGGUUUGUGAUCACAAGUUUUAUUUUAACUAUUGUCAAUAAGAUUUAAUCUGUAUUUCAUAAAUCUGACAGACCUCACAAAUUUUGGUUUAGUGUAAUUUUGGCCUAAAUCUUAUAAACAAUAUCUGCUGGUUAGAUCAUAAAAACAAAACAAAACAAAAGAAAUUGUCAUGUUGCAUUUGUAUGAUAUGAUUUUAGUGUGUUCUGGAAUAUCUUCUGCAAGGGCAUAAACUGAACAACAAAAAAUCUUUAUGUCAACUUUGCUUGAGGUAGCAGGAGUGGAGCUGCAACUCCCGUUUUAACUCAAUUACACAAUGUUUGUCUUACCAAUUAUUUAGGGGUUGGGGAAAAAAUGUUUAGUCUUCUUUAUCACUGUGUUACAAACAACUAUUUAAACAAUACAGAAAGACAAAAAAUCUCCUACAUUCAAAUUAAAAAUGGAACAUCACUUGUUGGAAAAUUGGGUAUAUUUGGCCUGAAGAAUUGUUGUUAGGUUUACAUGUACAUGUCUGACCAAGGUCACUUAAACUUCAUUAAACAACUUUACCAUAUGUAAGGGUUUUGCAUUUUAUAAGAAUGUUAUAUGUAGUGUUUUCAUGUUUAUUGGAUAUCAUAAGUCAUUUUUCUUCACAUCUAUAAUUUGUGAAUGAAAGUAGUAAUUGUUGUUGAGAGAUUUGCAGUAUAAAGACAUCAUCUGUUAGAGUUUUAUAGAUUUACCUUUUGUUUUUUGUCUUGUUCAUCUGUUUUGUCCAUGUAUAAUCUCAAACUUAAAACAGGAAUGAUAAAACCACUUGACAGAAUUUUUAUACAUGUGUAGUUGUGCUUUUUUUAAUUUAUGUAAUAGUAUCAUUUCCCAAUUACCUGCUGUUAUCACUAUUUUGCAAAGGAAAGACAACUAGGUAGAACAGACUGUAUCCUUGUCUAAAAAAUACUUGAAUGAAAGAAAGAACAUGUUUUGAUGGUUUUAAUAUUAUGUAUGUUAACUUUUAUGAAUUUUCGAUGCAUAAUCAGUUAUUUUGCUAUCCUGUUUAUCAAAAAUGUGUAAUGCACUUGCAAAGAAUAAAUUAUGGCGUUCCUGGAACUUCCUUCACAAUACACCAAGUUCAUUCUUCUCAGUUUGUAUUGCUUGAGAAAGUUUGUCCUAAAUAAUAUGUACUGUUCUUUAAAAUCUAAAUAGAAUAGUCUGUAAUUGAAAAAGGACCUUGAACUGAUUGAUUUUUACAAUAUUUAACAGUAAAACCUAGACUUUCAUUUCUACUAAUAUGGAAGUUAAACACAAAUCACAUGAAGACAAUAUUGGAUUGGAUUUAAUCAACAGAAUUAAUUAGGAGUGGAUCCACCCAUUUUUAAAAGGGGGUUUCCUAACUGAAGAUAAAGGGGGGAAUUCAAACUAUAUGUCCCCAUUCAAUGUCAUAUGCCCCCCCCCCCCCUCCCCUCCCCCCCCCCUGCUGGAUCCACCACUGAUUAAUAGCUGAAUACUUUUUUUAGAUAGUCAGUCUGAAUGUGAAAAAUUAGAAACUUUCUCAUUGGAAAAUAGAGUAAUAAACUGAAUUAACUGUCUUUUGAUGAAAUGUGUGAAGCAUAUUCCUUUUUGACAAAGGUAAAAUAAUUGAUUUCAACAAAUAGAUGAAAUGAUUUUCACCAAACUCUUAUGUAGUUUUAUUAAUUUUUCGACUUUUUCAAGAUGUAUCUGUAUUUUGUGAUAGACUGAAGAAAAAUUAUAACCUAUUUCAUGUCAUAUAGAUUUAUAAAUUUAUAUUUAUGUGUAUAAAAUGAAUGGCAAUUUGUUUAUUUUAAAUUAUGUAGAUAGCCAUGGAUGUACAAUUAAAACGAGAUGUUUUAUUAUUAUAUGUACAUAAACAAACAUGUAAUAUAUUAUCUUAUGUGUACAAACAAAAAGUAAGUGUAUGAUAUCCUCAAUUGUAAUUUAGAGUGGAAUUUGAAAAUUCCAUGUCACUCAACUAUCUCAUGUCAAAAAUAAUAAAAUAUCAAACAAUCUGA